UUAGCAGACAGCAGAAAUUCAGCACCGAAGGAUCAUAAUCAUAUGUGAGGAAAAUGAAAAUCAUUCCUCAACAUAAACUAAAAUGGGGGUAUUGCACAUGAUUUUUGUGUUACUAGUGGGAGUUGCAAUAAUAUUUGCUUGUAUUGUUGAUAUUUUUGUACCCACUCCAUACAAUGCGAUAAAUAGAGAUUCGGAACCCAGGAACCAUUUAUUUUCGGAGACCGUCACUGUUGGACCAGAUUUUGAAAAUAUUUUUUGGUUUGUACAGAUUACAGAUAUCCAUAUUAGCAAAUUCAGAGACAGAAAGAGAGGACCAGAUUUGAUCCACUUUUGCCGUGAAUAUCUUAGCAUUUUAAAACCACAGCUGGUAAUUGUCACAGGAGAUUUAGUGGAUGCCAGGAGUAAAGACACUACUGGUUCGAAGCAGUAUAUUGAAGAGUGGCAGGAGUACAAGAACGCUCUAACAGAGUGCAGCAAGUAUUCUAACUCUCGGUGGCUGGAUUUGAGAGGCAAUCAUGAUGCAUUUAAUGUUCCAGAAUUACGGAAUCCACAAAAUUUUUACAGGAAGUACUCGAUGCAAGGUGGUGAACACAUGACCUCUUAUCUGCACCAAUACACCACAUACUUUGGCAAGUACUCCUUUAUAGCUGUGGAUGCCUGUCCUGACCCAGGGCCUAAACGGCCAUUUAACUUCUUUGGUCAGCUCAACGAAGACAGAGUUCAACAGCUGAUAAGAUAUGCCGAGCAAAGUGAGCAGAGCAAUAUGACAAUAUGGUUUGGUCACUAUCCAACAUCGUUCAUUGUACAGGAUCCACCAGGCAUCAGGCAUGUUAUGAGGAAUGGAAUUGUCUAUCUUUGUGGCCAUCUACAUACCCUGGGUGGAUUUGUAACUGACAUGUACACAAGGCAGAAGACAGGGACCCUUGAGCUUGAGUUAGGAGACUGGCGUGAUAACAGAAUGUUUAGGGUUUUGGUAGUUGACCAUGAUCUUCUGUCUUUUGUGGAUGUCCAUCUUGGUGACUGGCCUGUUAUUUUGAUUACCAACCCAAAGAAUGCUCAGUUCCAUUCUCCAUUUGAAUCCAUAGAAAGAAUCCAGCUGUCCACUCACGUGAGAGUGUUGGUGUUCAGUCACUUAAAGAUAUUAUCAGUGUCUGUUCACAUUGAUGAUGAUAUUCUUGGAGAGGCUAAACAUGUAAAUGGGCCGCUAUAUGUUAUUAAGUGGAAUCCAGCCAUAUACACUGUGGGGCUGCACACCAUUGAAGUCACAGUUAAAGAUAGCGAAAGCAAUACUAAAACGGUGUUGCAGCCCUUUUCUCUAGAUGGAUCUGCACCUGAAUUUUCUCUCAUUCCUCGUAUGAUUUUGAUGAUGAAUAUUUUUACGGUUGGUAAAUUCAUAUUUGCAGUGAUGGUGUUUGCUUACAUACUGCUACUUGGAUUUUUAAGGCAGUCAACAAACAUUAGAAAUUUCUUUUUGGAUGGUGGUGGUACUGUAUAUUACCUGUUCAACCGGUGGCUGUGGAAGUUGUGGCUUACCUCAAGAAUAAACCUUACUUACUACUCUCUGCUGGGCAGUGUUCUUUACAUUACAUUUGGUCCAUGGUUUGCUGGUGAAAUGCUUGAAGGGCAUACAGGAGUGGUGUUUGUGUGGGGAAUCUUUGUCAAAGGCACUUUCCUGCCUGGGAGUCAUACCUUCUUCUAUGGAAUUUUUCAGAUGAUAACUUUCAAUAUUCCUCUUCUACUAUUUGUAAGCAAUACCGUUGACCUGCUGUACAUUGCUAGUGGCAAUCUGAAGGAGAUUAAAGCCAGGCAGAUCGGCAGAUGGCAGAAAUUCCUACAGCUGGAUGUGCCAUUCCUGACCAUGCUGGUGUUUCAAGCUUACAUAACACUCACAGAAUUUCCAAGAGCAUAUGGGACGAAAGCUUUAGUCCUUGGACCAGUCAGGACAGGAUCCUUGAUUCUUGCUGUUAUUUUACACUACUGUUUGUUUCGUUUACCACUGAAAAGCCCCAGUAUUUGUCCUGCAAACAGAUUUACCUAUAGUUCUUAAUAUAUUUUAAUUUUUUUAAAUUUGUUUUUAAUUUAUACAUUAUGUGCUUAUAUAAUGUUGAUUUGUGAAUUUUUUUACACACUCCACCUUUGUUAUUGUACCCAUGUGUGUAAGAUAUUUUGAAUCCUAAAACACAUUAGUGCAUUUACACCAAGUGUUUAUUUUCUUAAUAUUUCUGAUCACGUUUGAAAUGAUGGUUGUAGUGUGAUUUAUUUUUACUUCAUUAGUUGAAGAGUGUCUUGUCUGUCAUAACCCAUAUAACAGCAGAUGGUUAUCACUGGGUCUAUCUGGCAAGAAUUUUGAGAUGAUUUUUUAAAGUCCAAACUUAUUGUGCCAUUCUUCACUCACUAGUCUAUUUAUGUUACAAUUUUAUCUUAGUCAUUAGUGGUUUAGUAAUUGCCAGGUUUGCUUUAUUUUUUAAUCUCAUAGUGGGUUUUGUUUUUCAAGUCUAAUGAAAUUAAAACCUGCAUGAAUGUUUGUUUUUUAAAGCAGAUAGUUCAUGUUAUUAUAUCAGAGAUUUAUCUAGGCAUUCUGUGGUACCAAACAUGGGUCUCUUUCCAAAACCAAGUGGCACUGAAAAUUCCCAAUUUCCAUACUAAAUAUUCCCAAUUUGGUGUGUAAACAUUUAUUUACAAUUGUAUCUCCUCAGACGGACCAAUUUAACAAGUAAAUAAUUGUUGCAGAAUCCCACAGAACAACCAUUAACAGCAGCUGUACUUGUGCUUUCGAAGAUGCAAAAUGUAUGGGACACCUCAUUAUUCGGUGACCUGAAAACAUUUCCAGUGUUACUAAUUUCCCUCAGUCCUAUAGGCAAUGGGACCCAUCAAACAAAAACAAAACAAAACACCUCCCUUCCCUCCAAAAAACAAAACCAACAACCCCCCCCCCCCCCCCAAAAAAACCCAAUAGUUAAAAAAUGCAGUUAUAUUUUUACAUAAAAUAUGAGAGUUUGGUACAUUAACUCAGAAAUUACAAGGGAAGCAAUUGCCCACAUCUUAUUAAAAAAAAAUCUCUUCUCCACAACUUUUGCUCACAUUAUUAGAUUAUUUAUUAUAAAUUGUUAUAUUUAUAUAUUUAUUAUUCAUGAAAAGUUUUACUUUGUAUUAUUUUGAUAUUCAAAAAUAAUUUGGUUUUUUGUUUUGGUGUACAAAUUAUUGCAUAUUCCAUACGUUGUGGAAGUAAUUCUUUCUGCUAUGUCCGUGCAAGAUCUUUGCCAUUGGAAUUUAGUCCACUUAAUCAAUUAAACCAGUAAAUGCUUUUCAACUAAAAAUAAAGGAUAAUCUGUGAUGAACGCCAUUGAUCAGUUAAAAUUGCCCUCUCUUUUUUUAAUGUCAUACCUAGUUAAAUGGGGGCAGGAUUCACCUCAGUCGGAUCCAUUCAGCUGAUUGGGUUUUUUCUCGUUUAAACCAAUGCACCACAACUGGUCAUCGGCUGUGGUAUGUGGUUUGCUAUUUAUGGGAAAGUGCAUAUAAAAAAAAAAUGCUUGCUGCAUUUCAAAAAAUGUAAUGAGUUUCCUCUAAUGACUAAGAGUCAGAAUUACCAAAUUUUUGACAUCAAAUAGCCAAUGAUCAACGUGCUCUAGUGGUGUCAUUAAACAAAACAAACAAACAAAAAACCUAUUUAAACAUUAAAGCCAAAAUGAUCUUUUAAAAGCUAAUUAAAUAAAGGUAAUUUUUUAACAUUUCAGCUUUGUGAAAAAUAUUUGUUUAAAAAGAAGAAAUAAUCAUGCCCUGGCUAUUAACUGAACAUUAGUCCACCUUUUGUUUUUAAAGUACAUUGUACUGCCAUGUUGAUUUAUAAAGGAAACUAUUUACAGGCAAGGUUCAUUCCUAUAUGUGUUCAGUACAUAAAAAUUAAUUUCCUGGAACACAUUGUUGUCCAUGCUUCAUUCUGUGUGGUCACCAUCAUGAUUUGUGUAUGAAUCUAAAUUUUUCAUUGGUUCAGAAUAAUUCGAUGGAACGUGGAGCCAUUAAACUGUACAUCACUGGAUAAUAGGACAUAUUCCAUAAGUUCCUUCAUGUUUUAAAUGUCGUGCAUGCACAUCAAGGUCAUAAUUAUGUUGUAUUUGGUUUUUUAAACUCUUCAGUUUUAAACAUUUUGUUAGCAUUUAAUUAUCUGUGUAUGUAUAUUCACUGUCAAAAUAUCCUUUCAGAGAGCACUGCUAGUUUGACAGAUAUUGUUGUUUUCACAUUAAGAAAAACAUGUUUUAAAGUUACUGUGAUUUAUUGCAGUGCCAAAAAUAUGCACAUAGAAUAGGUAACACCAAUUUUGUGAUGUGUACCAGAUGAAGAUGAUGUCUAGUUGUCUCGUGUGAUUUGUCACCUCUACAAAAUGUGGUUUAUGCACUAUGUAUUUAAAAAAUAUGGAUCCUCUAAAAAACAUUUUGUUAUAAAAUUUCAAAUUUGUAGAAUAUACUUAAAAUUAACUGAAAUGUGUUGGUGCAUUUGAACAAAAUUGAAUCCAUUUAUGUGUUUUUUUAGCUUUUGAUAGUUAUGUCUACAGUGUACUAAAAGUUAGCUGCUGAAUAAAAGUGGACUUUUCCUGGCAA